AAGUAAAACACAAAAAAGAACUGUCAAAAUAAGCCAAGAUGCACAUGCGCAGUCUCCAAUCAACCACGUCCACUGAAAUUAGCACGAAGGUUCCAGACGAGUCAUUUGGCACGUGGAGUCACGCUGCGCGUCCAGCAGAUGGCGCCAGCACAAACCCCCCGACGACCCAGUCUGCGGGUUCUGGAGGCAGCGGCUCGUGCGGCGCCUGCGUCUUUAAGGCCGCCGACUGCUGCCACGCUGCGGCGCCUGCUCAGUGCGCGUCCGCUGAUCCGAUCCGGACCGGGACCGCUGGCUCUGUGGCGGCAGCCUACGGACGGACGGAGCCUAUUGUUCGUUCUGCUGGUGCUGCGCGUUAACUGGAGAAUGCGCAGAGGAACCGGAGCGGCGAUCCUGCUCGGAUAGCGCAGAACGACGAUAUUGACAUGAAGAAAGACAUUGAGACUCUAAUAGCAGAGGAACGCGCUGACAUCAUCUUGAAAUAUGCUACGGGCCGUCAGGGCGGGGUGGAGGUCGACCCCUGGGAAGAUGCUGACUACAGCAUCUACAAAGUCAUCGACCGCUUCGGCUUCAUGCACGAGGACGAGCUUCCGGCUCCGACCGCACACGAGGAAAAGCUGAAGCAGCUGGAGACGGAGAGAGCAGAGAAAUGGCUGAAGAUGGUGAAGAAGUGGGAUAAAUACAAGAACAGUGACCGGAUGGUCAAACGGGUUUACAAGGGCAUCCCGCUGCAGCUCAGAGGCCGGGCCUGGGCGCUGAUGCUGGACGUGGAGACCACCAAAAAGGAGAACGAGGGCAAGUAUGAGAAAAUGAAGGAACAGGCCCGGCUCUACUCGGCGGAGAUCAAACAGAUCGACCUGGACAUCAACAGGACCUUUCGAGACCACAUCAUGUUCAUGGAUCGCUUUGGAGUCAAGCAGCAGUCUCUCUUCCACGUGCUUUCUGCAUAUUCAGUCUACAACACAGAGGUGAGCUACUGCCAGGGCAUGAGUCAGAUCGCUGCCCUGCUGCUGAUGUUCAUGAACGAGGAGGACGCCUUCUGGGCUCUGUCACAGCUGCUGGCCGACCAGAAACACGCCAUGCACGGCUUCUUUGUUCCCGGCUUUCCAAAACUUCAGCGAUUCCAGGCCCAUCACGAUCAGAUCAUUUCUAAACUCAUCCCCAAGCUGAAGAAACAUCUGGACAGGGAGCAGAUGUCCGCAGGGAUUUACAGCACGAAAUGGUUCCUACAGUGUUUCAUUGACAGGACGCCGUUCACACUGACCCUUCGCCUCUGGGACAUUUUCAUCCUGGAGGGAGAGAGGCUGCUCACGGCUAUGUCCUACACCAUCCUGAGGAUGCACAGGAAGGGCCUGGUUAAGAUGUCGCUGGAGGAGCUCAGGGACUUCCUGCAGGAGCGACUCGCCCACACCUUCCUUUACAGCGACGACGUGACCGUAGACCAGCUUCAAGCCUCCAUGGCUGAACUGCGAAAGAUGAAGUUGGAUCUUCCUCCUCCAGGGAGGUCUGACGAGUUGCCUUGUAGGCCCCUGGGCCAGGAGCUGAUGAGUCCACUCCUGCCUCCCAGAGGGAAGCCCUCCUCUGCCAGCGGUUUCCCAAGAGCAGGCCUGUGCCUCCACAUGAUCUCCCACCAGCCUGACUCCAUAUCUCCAGACCAGAGCCCCUCCAAGGACCCCGGGGACCUCAACGCUGUGGAGGAGGAAGGGGCCCCUCUGCCUUCCCCGGACCCCAUCAUCAUCCACAGCCAGGCCCCCGAUGGCUCCCCGCUGAUGGGGCCUCCACCGUACACGCCCCCUGAAGACCAGGCAGAGGACCAGGGGGAACAAACAGGACCCGAAGCGUCCAUCACAGCGGACCCGUCCUCCUGCAGCGUCCCAGGGGUGGUUUCACAAGCGGCCUCACCAGGUUCGGGCCUGGAUCAGUAUGAUCUGGCAGCAGGAGAGAGCACCGAGGACAGUUCGAGGUCCAGCUGCAGCAACAGAGACCAGGAGAGAACCUGAGAGGAGAAGCGGAACCCGCCUCACUGGGUCACUGACGAUCUUCAUCUUGCUUUAAGACAGUGGCACAACUACAGCCGAGUUGAAAGUUUGGUGGUUGAGUUGCUUUUCACUGCAGAAGUAUAAUUAUUAUCAGUGUCAAGCAAUAAUCACUAAAGAACGUGUUCAAGCAGUAACAUUAGUUAUUAGUCCGUUUAAAGAGUUCCUGCUGUUUUCUACUGUUAUUCCCUGAACUGCAGUAAGCGUUUAAGUCAAAAACAAUCAGUGAAGAUUGUCAAUAGUGAAAGGUGUGUGAUCGGUCACCAAAUAACAGGUGAGUCCGACACUGCUGCACCUUCCUUACAUUGUGCUUUGACUUCUGUCGGCACAUGCACAUGGAAGGCGGUUUUCAGCCUCUCUCUUUGUUCACGGACAGCGGCGUCACCUCGUGUUUCCACGAAGGCUGCUCACAUACGCUUACUGGCCUAAAGCGAGGCGUCUGCAGCUGUGGAGUGUCUCACUGGGAAUAUGAGCCAGAGACGGUGAUGAGGAAGAAUUUAUUGUGUUGCAUCAUGGGAAGUGUAGGAUCAAAUGUUUUAACUUCUCCUCAGUUACUGUCUCUCACAAACCACCACCUUUAUUUCGAAAGGACUGCACGCAGAGAAAGGACAAUAAAUCUUUUUAACCAAAAAGGUAAUUACUUAUCUUUAGACUAAUUUAAGGGCUUGUGCUGAUCCACAGUGACAGCCCACUUACACUUUAUUUUUGCUCCAUCCUCUCAUUUCUCGCAUGUCACAGAGUAAAAAUAUGGGCUCAUUAGCCCCAAUCAGCGAGCUCUGGCUCAGAACAGUCAAACAGCCUCGUUGUUCCAAUCAGGACAGCGUCUUUGGACCCUGGAGCUCCGAGCCCACACUGGCGUGUGUCCGGUUUACCUGGAGUACAAACAGAACCGACUGAGGCCUGUACAAAAGACAACACCCUUUACAACAGAAGCAUUUUUGUAGUUUUCUAACAUUAUGUCCGGGAACAGACAUCAGCCUUUGUAAAACGUUUGCUAGCAGAGUUGUAGUUUUAUUUUUUGUACCAAUGUCUUGAUGCCUUAUUUGGAUCGGCUUCAUUGCUGAUGUGGUACCAGACUAUGAUGGGCUCAACAGGAGACCUCCGACAUGGUGAGCUGGCUCACUGCUUAUGAUUGUACACAUGGAAACCUGUUGAGCUCAUUUUAAUUAAGUGGUUUUCAAGCUCCGUAAUUUAUUGUGUAUUGUAUUAUCUCUUAGAAAGGCCAACAAGUUAUUUCCGAAGCACUUGUGUGUAAGUGCCAAUGCUUUGAUAACAGUGUGUAGACGUAUCUGUUUAGAAUUGUGUGAUAUUGUAGAUGAGGAGCGGUAGAACCGGUUUUCAGUGUGUAGCCGUAGUGACAGGCUGACAUCUUGUGGUUGAUUUGGGUUCAGCACAUCUGUCGAGAUUUGACGUUGUAAAUUAGGAAGCAAAUUACGAAGCCCCACAAUUCAAAGCUAUUCUUUGAAAUUCUUUGUGGGGGGUUUCUAUGACAUUUGACUGUAUUUCAAUGAGAGAACUACAUUGUUAAUAUUUCCAAUAAUUAUGUGUGAACUGUAUUUUGAAGUGUCUGAGUGGGACGACACUACAGCUUCGUGACAUAACUGAGCACUUCAGGUCAGAGCAUGUUACAACUGUGCUAGGAUCUUGGCUACAGAUUUGUAUAAAAUUAGGAAUUGUUUGUUAAGACGUUGAUAAAACAUAAAACAAUACAGCUUUUAUCAUCCUUUA